AUGAAGAAGCUCCAGGGAGCUCACCUUCGCAAGCCUGUCACCCCAGACCUGCUAAUGACCCCAAGCGACCAGGGCGAUGUAGACCUGGACGUGGACUUUGCCGCAGACCGGGGGAACUGGACAGGCAAGCUGGACUUCCUGCUGUCCUGCAUCGGCUACUGUGUCGGCCUGGGGAACGUCUGGCGUUUUCCCUAUCGAGCCUAUACCAAUGGAGGAGGCGCCUUCCUCGUCCCCUACUUCCUCAUGCUGGCCAUCUGCGGCAUCCCCCUCUUCUUCCUCGAGCUGUCUCUGGGCCAGUUCUCCAGUCUGGGACCCCUGGCCGUCUGGAAAAUCAGCCCCCUCUUCAAAGGCGCCGGCGCGGCCAUGCUGCUCAUCGUGGGCCUCGUGGCCAUCUACUACAACAUGAUUAUCGCCUACGUCCUCUUCUACCUCUUCGCCUCCCUCACCAGCAACCUGCCCUGGGAACACUGUGGCAACUGGUGGAACACGGACCUCUGCCUCGAGCACAGAGGCUCCAAGGACGGCAACGGGGCCCUGCCCCUCAACCUCACCAGCACUGUCAGCCCCAGCGAGGAGUACUGGAGCCGCUACGUCCUCCACAUCCAAGGAAGCCAGGGCAUCGGAAGUCCCGGGCAUAUCCGCUGGAACCUCUGCCUUUGCCUGCUGCUCGCCUGGGUCAUCGUGUACCUCUGUAUCCUCAAGGGUGUGAAGUCCUCGGGCAAGGUGGUGUAUUUCACGGCCACGUUCCCCUACCUCAUCCUGCUCAUGCUGCUGGUCCGUGGAGUCACCCUCCCUGGGGCCUGGAAGGGCAUCCAGUUCUAUCUCACCCCUCAGUUCCACCACCUGUUGUCUUCCAAGGUGUGGAUCGAAGCUGCUCUUCAGAUCUUCUACUCCUUGGGUGUGGGCUUCGGGGGGCUCCUCACCUUUGCCUCCUACAACACAUUUCACCAGAAUAUCUAUAGAGACACCUUCAUUGUCACCCUGGGCAACGCCAUCACCAGCAUCUUGGCUGGCUUUGCCAUCUUCUCCGUGCUGGGCUACAUGUCUCAGGAGCUGGGUGUACCUGUGGACCAAGUAGCCAAAGCAGGCCCUGGCCUGGCCUUUGUCGUCUACCCGCAGGCCAUGACCAUGCUGCCUCUGUCACCCUUCUGGUCCUUCCUGUUCUUCUUCAUGCUGCUGACUCUCGGCCUGGACAGCCAGUUUGCCUUCUUGGAGACCAUUGUGACAGCUGUUACGGAUGAGUUCCCGUACUACCUUCGGCCCAAGAAGGCUGUGUUCUCGGGGCUCAUCUGCGUGGCCAUGUACCUGAUGGGGCUGGUCCUCACGACAGAUGGGGGCAUGUACUGGCUGGUCCUUCUGGACGACUACAGCGCCAGCUUCGGGCUGAUGGUGGUGGUGAUCACCACGUGCCUCGCCGUCACCCGGGUGUAUGGCAUCCAGAGGUUCUGCCGGGACAUCCACAUGAUGCUGGGCUUCAAGCCGGGCUUCUACUUCAGGGCCUGCUGGCUGUUCCUGUCCCCAGCCACGCUCCUGGCCCUGCUGGUGUAUAGCAUCGUCAAGUACCAGCCCUCAGAGUAUGGCAGCUACCGCUUCCCAGCCUGGGCAGAGCUGCUGGGCAUCCUGAUGGGCCUGCUGUCCUGCCUCAUGAUCCCAGCCGGCAUGCUGGUAGCCGUGCUUCGAGAGGAGGGCUCGCUCUGGGAGCGGCUUCAGCAGGCGAGCCGGCCGGCCAUGGAUUGGGGCCCAUCACUGGAGGAGAACCGGACAGGCAUGUAUGUGGCUACGCUGGCCGGGAGCCAGUCACCCAAGCCAUUGAUGGUGCACAUGCGCAAGUACGGGGGCAUCACCAGCUUCGAGAACACGGCUAUCGAAGUAGACCGUGAGAUUGCAGAGGAGGAGGAAUCCAUGAUGUGA